UUAUUUAUAUUUAAGGGAACAUUAUUUGUAUAUGCAAUAAUUAAACUGCAUUAUUUAUCAGAAACCAUUUAAAUUAUUUGAAUAUUUAUCUUCAGAGUUUUUUCUCCAAUCAAACCUUUAUGUCUAUAAAAAUACGUUAUAGCAAAAGCUCAAAGAAAACCAGCAGUAAUCCUCUCCCAACCAAAGCAGCCCCAAAGCGAAACCCAUAACCUCCGAAGAACCACCAAAAAUGGGCGCAAAGAGCUCCUCCGAUGCCCCACGAAAAUACCCCAUCAAAACGGUGGUGGUUCUGGUCCAAGAAAACCAUUCAUUCGACCACAUGCUAGGCUGGCUAAAGACCCUUAACCCAGAAAUCGAUGGCGUCACAGGAUCCGAAUCCAACCCCAUCUCCACAUCCGACCCCAACUCAUCCCACAUCUUCUACGGGGACAACGCUGCAUACGUCGACCCUGAUCCUGGCCACUCCAUCCAAGAUAUUUACGAGCAGGUGUUCGGUAUUAAAUGGACAGAAGCAGCACUUACUAGCGAGAACACUCUGACACCAAAAAUGAAUGGGUUCGCUCGGAACUCGGAGCGCAUUCAACAGGGAAUGUCAGAGGCCGUCAUGAACGGAUUUAAACCGGAGGCCUUACCGGUUUAUAAGGAGUUGGCGAUGAAUUUCGCAAUUUGUGAUCGGUGGUUUGCUUCAAUUCCGUCUUUGACGCAGCCGAAUAGGUUAUACGUGCAUUCUGCCACGUCGCAUGGGGCGACGACUAAUGACGCAAAGUUGCUGGCAAAAGGGUAUCCGCAGAAGACCAUAUUUGAGUCGAUGGAUGAGGCUGGUUUUACCUUUGCGAUUUAUUAUCAAGACACUCCUGCUACUCUUUUCUACAGGAACCUUAGAAAGUUGAAGUACUUGAAGAAAUUUCGCCAGUAUAAUCUGCACUUUGAGAAGCACUGUAAGAAAGGGAAGCUACCAAACUAUGUGGUGAUUGAACCAAGGUAUUUCGACCUUUUAAAUACACGUGCAAACGAUGACCACCCAUUACACGAUGUCUCAGAAGGCCAGAAAUUUGUGAAAGAAGUCUACGAAGCUCUGAGAGCUAGCCCCCAGUGGAACGAAGUGCUUUUCAUAAUUAUAUAUGAUGAACAUGGUGGUUACUAUGAUCAUGUUCCAACUCCUGUUACAGGUGUCCCUAGUCCUGAUGAUAUUGUUGGUCCUGCUCCAUAUUUCUUCAAGUUUGAUCGCCUCGGCGUCAGGGUUCCAGCCUUCCUAAUAUCUCCUUGGCUUGAACCUGGAACAGUACUGCACGAACCUUCAGGACCAGAACCUACAUCACAGUAUGAGCAUUCCUCCAUUGCAGCAACAGUUAAAAAACUUUUCAAUCUAAAAGAGUUUCUGACCAAGCGGGAUGCAUGGGCUGGCACUUUUGAGGGUGUUUUGACUAGAACUAGCCCAAGAACAGAUUGUCCAGUUACACUGCCAGGACCUGUGAAACUGCGCGAAUUGCCAGAACGUGUGAAACUGCGCGAAUUUGAUGAGGCAAAUCUUAGUGAAUUCCAAGAAGAACUAGUGCAAAUGGCAGCAGUAUUGAAUGGAGAUCAUAAGGAGGAAAUUUAUCCUCAAAACCUUGUGAAGGGCAUGAAAGUUUCAAAAGCUGGAAUGUAUGUAGAGGAAGCAUUCAAGAAAUUCUGUGAUGAAUGUAAGAAAGCCAGGGAAUGUGGAGUAGAUGAAUCUGAGGUCAUUGUUGUAUCUUGAGGCUGAAGAAAAACAUACUACCCAGAUUCAUAUGUCAGAAGGGUAGCAUAAAACUUCAAAAAAGAAAAAUGUUUUAUUAAAAAAAAUAUAGGAAUUAAUUUCACAUAUGUUUGAAAAUCUUUAAACAAUGUUGAAAAUUAAUAAAAUAAAAUUGUUGCCAAGUGACAA